CGUUCAAUGGCUGCAAGGCAGCGCGCCCAUCUAAGACGUUAUCAGCACAAUAGAUUUAUUGCGAUAGAAAAGAUUUGGGUUUUUUCCCCCGCGUGUUUCGGCAAGAGACACACAAGUGAAGGGGGACUCCAUUUUUAAGACGCUAUAAAUCUGUCCGGGUGCAUUCGGCAAGGACUUUAAAUGCAACACACCCUUGGGCGCGCGGCGGAGAACGCCUGUUACGCACGAGGCGAGCGCGAGACGGGGGCAUUUCUGAACAAAUCUGUUAAAUGGUUGAACUUUAAAAAAAAUACGACAGUGGCUUUUGGAACGAGCAUUUCACCUGAUGGAUCUUCAAAAAACUCUGCUGCGGUGGCAAUGGGGCUGUCACAUGCCAACGGGACCGAGAGGAGAUAACUGGGGCAACUGAAAAUGCCAUUGUUUUCCUUCUGAAUUAGUCUGUUCAGCAUAUGAGACCAACGACAACCAUAACUCCAACCGAGAAUUUCACAACACUGGCUUUAUAUAAACGCCCUGAGACUUUGAGAAUUAAGAAACAGGGUCUUUGAGGAGGGUGAAGAUGCCUUUUCACCAUGUGAGAGCAGGGCUGCUCUACACAGACAACUUCCUGAGCACCUCUCUCUCCGAAACCAGUGAAGAACAGCUUGCCAACAUCUCCACAGAGGAGCUUGGCGAGAUUCGAGAGGCGUUCCGAGUUCUAGAUAGGGAUGGGAACGGAUUCAUCUCGAAGCAGGAGCUGGGUAUGGCCAUGCGCUCUCUGGGGUACAUGCCCAGUGAGGUGGAGCUGGCUAUUAUCAUGCAGAGACUGGACAUGGAUGGUGAUGGACAGGUGGACUUUGAUGAAUUUAUGACAAUAUUGGGACCUAAACUUGUUUCUUCUGAAACCAGAGAGGGCUUCUUAGGAAGUACAAUAGACAGCAUAUUCUGGCAGUUUGACAUGCAACAGAUGUCCCUGGAGGAGCUCAAACACGUCCUGUUCCACGCCUUCAGAGACCAUCUCACCAUGAAGGACAUCGAGAAUAUUAUCGUCACCGAGGAAGAGAGCUUGAAGGAGAACUCAGGAAACUGCCAGACCGAAUUUCAGGGAGUGCAUUCGAAAAAGAAGAAUCGCCAGACGUGUGUCCGCAAGAGCCUCAUCUGCGCUUUUGCAAUGGCCUUCAUCAUCAGCGUCAUGCUCAUCGCAGCCAAUCAGAUGUUGCGGAAUGGCAUGGAGUAGCCCCGCCCACUGUGAACCCUGCUCGAUCUGACCUCUCUUAAGAAACAUGCAUCAAAAACUCCACUUUCUUUUAGUUGGAAGAGCGUGGGGAGCCCACCGAGUACAGGAUGUGAAUCCAGAGAAAGAGUUUUGUGUUUUAUAUUUAUUUCGGCGAUUGUGAUUGUGACAGACUUAUAAGCGGCAGUGAGGGAUGUCCUCCAUCAUCAGCUUGACAGGAACAUGCAAGGGCUCCUCACUGGAUACCAUUUAAUGCAAUAACAUCCCGUGUCCCUCCACGCUGCGUGUUUUUCUCAUUCCUGUCUUUGAAAGACAAAGACUUUGUACUUUAUCUCACUCCAAGUCAUGUCAGAUGGGAACGAUGAGGAGUGAUUGGCAGCCUGUCCAGUGGAGCCGCUGCAGGAUUUCUGGCAUCAAGAGCGUGUGCAUGUUCAUCUCAAAUGCACUGUAUGUUUUGUUCACAGCAUUGCGGUGUUGAAGCUUAUUUAUGGAAUUUAUUGAAGAUAUUGUUGUUAUUGAAGGGACUGUGGGUAUUUUUGGAAUAGCAUACUACCAUAAUAUUACUUUUACAGUAUGCAGCUUACUCUGUACAUGCAGUAUGCAAAGAAAAUCACAUAUUACCAUAAUAUGCAGGAUAUAAUGCAUCUUAAUGUUUUGAGUGUGAUUUUUUCUCCUCCUUUGAUUAGCAUUUUAUUGGGUUGAAAAAAGGAAAAAGGACUUUUCAAGGAAAGUUUAUUUAUACUGCACAUGAUGAUCGCAUAAAGUGAUUUACAUUAGCAUAACUGAGAGAUAGGGAGAGAGAAAAAUAAUUUUAAAAUGAUUUAAGAACAACUAUAGUUCAGGAGAGAAAAAAACAUAAAUUUUUCAAAAAAAUGCAAUGUGAUAAAAUUAAUUGACACCAACAUAAAAUAUUACUAUCUAAAACAUUUAUCAUUGCAUACUGUGUACUUUUUCCACAUACUUAAAAAAAAAAUUGUAAAAAGUACCAUUAACAGUUUGGGGACAGGAGGUAAAGAAAUUAAUAAUUUUUUCAGUAAUGGUGCAUUAACGGGAUAGUUCACCAAAUAUGAAAAUUCUGUCAUUAAUUACUCAUGUCAUUUCAAACCUAUAAGACCUUCAUUCAUCUUCGGAUGAAAUCCGAGAGCUUUCUGACCCUGCAUAGACAGCAACGCAACUGACACGUUCAAGGCCCAGAAAGUUAGUAAGGACAUCAUUAAAAUAGUCCAUGUGACAUCAGUGCACGUUUUACUCAUUUAUUCCUUCGAUUUGAUAAUCAGAUGAGGGAAUAAAUUAAUACAAUGUGGCCAUUAUUUCAAAAACGAGAACAAAUUAAUAAGGUUACAUGGCCACGAUUUAACGAAAAUGAGGGAGCAAGGGAAAUAAAUUUGAAUAAAUUGAGGGAACAAACAGACACUGAAGACUGGAAUAAUGUCUGCUGAAAGUUCUUGAUUUUAAAUGGUAAUAAUAUUUCACAAUAUCAUUGUUUUUACUGUAUUUUGGAUCAAAUAAAUGCAGCCUUGGUGAGCAGAAGAGGCUUUUUUCAAAAACAUUACAAAUCUUAUUGACCCCAAACUGUUCCCCAGCAUGAGCAGAAGCAGACUGAUUUUUUAUUGUUUGCUAUAUAAUUUGAGUUACAAAUGCAUUGUGGCUUUCCAUAUUCUUCAAAGCAAGUGGGAUGAAUUCAAUUCCACACAUCUCCAUUUUGCAGUACACCUUGUGCAUUAUGAGUAAACAGGAUCAUUUUUAAAAUGAAAAUUAGAAGUCUGUUGCAUUCAUGCCAUUACCCAAUCUCUUAUUUUGUGUAUCUACAGAAGAAAGAGGAGAGUAUAAUACUCUCUUUGAUUUUAAAUAUAGUAUCAAGGUCUUCUAAAUGUCUGCAUAUAUUGUCUGGUUAAAAUAUAUGACACUGAACUUCUGCGGAAGUGUCUAUGCUACAUAGUUGGACUUUUUGGUCCAUUUUGAGUUUUUAUUCACUCUCAGGCUCAGAGAGUCAGUGAAUGCAACACAAAUUGCUCUGAAACAACCAGAAGUAAACUGGUCGGUCUCUACUUUUUCGUUUACUGUUACAGUCUGUGUGUAAUAUAAGUAUUUGUCUACCUGUUUGUCUAUAUAUUUAUAAUGUGUGUGCACAUCAGUCCUAUUCCCUGUGUUCCUUAUUAUUGUGUAUACUUACAGCCGUUUGUCACAAUCCCCUGUAUAUUGCAUGUGUAUUUAUGCAUAUAGUGCCACACAAAAGUCGUCUUUGGAUUGUCUGUUUGACUGUGUCAUGUUUGCAUGUUCAGAACACUUAUGCAGUGCUUUUCCAAGGUCUGUUGGCAUUUGCUGAGAGCAUCAGUCUAAAUGUCUGAACUCCCAUUGUUUCCUUCCUGUGAGCAAAUAUUAUAUGAAACAGUACCAGCAUUCUGUGCCAAAAUACACUGCAAAGGAAAAGCGGAUUAUUGGGAACCGUUUACUGGACAAAGUUCCUGUCAGUUUUCCAGAAUGUCACAGAACGGCUUGAUUGAGGACUGGUGCAUAUCAUUCUCUCAGUCUAUGCUUUGGAAAGAGGAGAUUUCCAAAUCAUUGGCCCCAUCUAGUGGCCUAUUCUGAAGAUGUGAUGUAAAAAUUGUAGGUAACGAAGGAAACUUACUUUUAGCAUUGUGGAGUAAAGCUAGUAAAGAAGAAAUGUUAACAAAGUAAGCUUUACCAAAAAGAAGUUGGAAACGGGAGUGGAAUUCUGUGUAAAUUCCAUAUAUAUCAAUUUAAAGUGUUGCACCUUGUUAUUUUAUUUAAUAAUAUAAGAAUAUUUGUUCACUGUUCCUCUCGUUUCUCACUAAAGAUUAGUGGACUAAAGUUUAGAAAUCUCUUGCAUCAUUUAGUCAUUAUUCUAUGUAUCCCCUUGCUUGUUGCCAUCUUGUUAGAUUCUACGUUCUACUAAAAUUACCCUCUAGUUUAUGGGCAUUUUGGAUAUAUAAAUUGGUAAAGGUUUUAUUUGCUACUGUAUUUUAUAUUUUGUUGAUUAAUAAUAUUUUUGUUUUCUAUUGUUAUUAUUUUUUUUAAUCUUGCAAAGGUUGAUGGAAUUUUUGAUUUAAUUUACUCUCAAUCCAGAUCCUAACUUCAUUUGAAUUUGAAGCAUGCCAAAUAAAAUUUUAUAUGUAUGUAUUUUUAUGGAGUAUAUCAAAAGAAGAAUUAUUAAUAUGCAAAACAGUAUACAUAUUUGCAUGCAGGAUGUGGAUUGACAGAUUAAAGCAAUAUGGUUUCUAAACAAAAAAAAAAUGUAUCAUUACUCGUAUAAUUACACAAAGAAUAUGAAGAAAUAAAAGAAAGUUAUUUAUUGAACAUGACAAUAAAUGUCUUUGCAUCCAAUUAUUGAUAUAAUGAUGAUAAUAAUUUAUAUAAUACUCAUUUUGUUAUUAUUGUUGCCU